UUCUUCCGAGUGUCUGAGAGAGGGAGAUAAAGAUAAGAGUCAAUCGGGACUCGGGAGAAGGAGAGAAACCGUGAUUUCUUAGCAAACAUGGCUCAAAUGGAGAGAAUACGAAGACCCAUCGAGACUCCUAUCACACCCACCGUAGAGCAGCUUCUCCAUGACGAUGAGUCGAAGUGGGGGGCAUCAUCACCCACCCUAUCGUCGAUAUCGAAGCAUUACGAUCAAGACGAGGAUCACAUUCACCACUCUAAGAAAUCUGUUCUGGCCAAGGUGAGAGAGAAGGCUAAGAAAUGGAGACAAACUCUUGCCAACAAGAAGAAGAACAAUCAAGACGAGAAUGCCACUCCCUCUUGGGGUGUCAGUUUGGACGAAGACGAGGAAGAAGAUGAAGAUCCCGAAUACUUUGGAGCCCCCAUGUAUGAAUCAGAGAUGGCACCCGAAGCCUGCAAAGAGAAUGCAAGACAGCAUCCACGAGCGAACCCUGUGAUUUCCGACAAGCAUAUUUUGGUGACGAGUGCCGUUCACCGUAGCGACCAAGACAAUCAAAAGACGGAAAGCAAACCGGUUGCCUAUAGCAAAGCGAUUACCGCCGAUAGCAAACCUAUUGCCGCCGAUAGAAAAAUUAUUGCCGCCGAUAGCAAACCUGUUUCCGCCGAAAGAAAAAUUGUUGCUGCCGAUAGCAAACUUGUUGCCGCCGAUAGCAAACCUGUUGCUGCCGAUAGCAAACCUGUUGCCGCCUAUAGCGAACCUGUUGCCGCCUAUAGCAAUCCUGUUGCUGCCGAUAGAAAACCUGUUGCCGCCAAUAGCGAACCUGUUGCCGCCUAUACCAAUCCUGUUGCUGCCGAUAGCAAAACUAUUACCGAAACAGUAACAGAGAAGCUUGCACCGGCCUAUGCCAAGGUAACCGAAACUGUGUCGGAGACGCUUGCACCCGCAUACGCUGCUGUUACCCAGGCCACCAACAUAAUCGCUUCAAAGAUUCAUGGCUCACCAACCUCAGCCUCUGAGACUGGACCACAGAGUAUUGCUAUCAGUAGCAGUGAGCAGAAAUGGGAUAAAGGUGUUUCGGUGAAAGAAUUUUUAAUGCAGAAACUGGAGCCCGGGGAAGAGGAGAGAGCGCUUUCCCAAAUGAUAUCCGAGGCGAUGAGUCCGAGGAAAGUGCCUGGUGAAAUGGGAGUCGUAGAAAAGGUGAGAGAGGCUGUUUCUUCUUUGCUAAAUGUUGAGGAAUCGCCAUCAUUAUCAUCUGUGCCCUCCACAACCGACUUAUCCACCGCCACAGGCAUUCCAGUCUCCACCAAUGCUCAUGAAGUAGUUGAGAUUGAAAACGAGGGAACUCAGGGAAGGAUAGUCCAAACCAACUGAGGCAGAGACCUUUCUCCAAGCAUCAGUAUUUGGUUUCUUUUUCUCUUCUAGUCUAAAUUCAAGUUUACAGAUUUUUAUGUACUAAUGGCAUAGGUUCCAAUCUCUGUGUAAUUCCUAAGCGUAAUUCUUGUUCAUCUGUACUUUCAUUUCCUCGUCAAUAAACAAAUUUGUAGAAUUGCAGCCAAAGAAUUACAGAAUGGAAUUUAUCACAAUGAAAGCCCAGACCAGUACAGAAAAUUAAAUAAAAAAAACCUCUGACUCUUCAUCUGCCCAUCACUUCUAUCCUUGAAUGAUGAAAGCCCAUACCGGAUUGGAUUAGAGCUAGUAAGACAUUCAGUCAAUUAGUUAUAUAGGAGAGAUCUGAGAGCAUUAACCAAAUUUACAGAAGACGUGAUGAAGGAUAAUGGACUGUGACACCGUUCCUUGUCUGGUGGAUCGGCCUCUACUAUGGUGGUCUUCCAUCUUUAGCUUCAUUCGAUCAAGUUGGAAUUUGACAUUGGAUCCAGCAUCCUGAGGAAGCAGAACAAAUCGAUAUUCUGCUUCUAUUAAAUACAGUUGUGGGGCUUGAAGGGUAGUAAGGGUGCCUACAAGCCAUUGAACCGUAGGUUGGGUCGGGUAUCUGCUCUUGCAUGAUCCUCUGGCAUCUAUCUUCCAUCUCGGCCUGCAUCGGCGGUAUGGUGAACUACAAAAAAAAAUUGAAUUAAUAUGUAGAAUAUCGACAUUGA